AUGGCAACAGAAUUGACAGCAGAAAAGACUAAUAAUGCAAUGAUACGAACACUCAGCACAUUAAACCUGCCUCCGACGUUCGGUGGAGUAAUGCAAACAAGUGUCAUUCAAUCAUCUACAUGUAUGAUAGGCGAAAUUCGAUUAUAUUCAGCUGAUAGUCAUCCUCCUUUUCCUUGGCUUUUCUGCAAUGGAACUACAAUUUCACGUAUUGAAUAUCAACGACUCUUUUCUGUUAUCGGCGAACCCUUCGGAGCAGGAGAUGGAAAAAUAACGCUCAAUGUGCCUGAUUUUCGCGACCGAUUUCCGCUAGAUCUCAAUUCAAUGGCUAGUGGGGUAGGCGGUUGGGGAAAAGGCGGAAAUCAAGAACAGACACUUACAACUGAUCAAAUGCCUACUCAUCAACAUAGUGUUGGUACAUUACACACUAUCCAUGCAGGUACACAUAAUCAUGCAGCCAAUGAUCCAGGCCAUAAUUAUGGGGGAUAUACAGGAGAGACUGAACUACCAUUUUCACGCAGCGGCCACUACGGCCAGCCCGGUGGCGGCCACUUCUACCACCCGACAUCUCAUAAGCACAGUAUUCCGUGGGGACGAACUGGAAUAACCCUCGACAAUGAUGGAACUCAUUCAGCAUUAUACCACCUUACCAGACAAUAG